AUUGGCGCAAUACAUAUUUCUUGUCCGAAGGAGAAAACGACGGUGGCUGCCAAUCGGAAUCAGACUCUACAGAAGAAGUAGAAGCAAGGAGAGAGAUGGUGACUUCGCCGGUGGUGAACACAUACCCAUUGUCGAGCUACACCUUCGGUACCAAGGAGCCGAAGAUGGAAAAGGAUACAUCCGUGGCCGAUCGUCUUGCUCGCAUGAAAGUGAAUUACAUGAAAGAAGGCAUGAGGACUAGUGUUGAAGCAAUCCUGCUGGUGCAAGAGCAUAACCAUCCACACAUUCUGCUUCUGCAAAUUGGAAACACAUUUUGCAAGCUCCCUGGUGGCCGUUUGAAGCCUGGAGAAAAUGAAAUUGAAGGUUUGAAAAGGAAACUGUCAAGCAAACUAGCUGCUAAUUCGCUUGCACUUCAACCUGAUUGGCAGAUUGGAGAGUGUGUGGCUAUUUGGUGGAGGCCAAAUUUUGAGACUAUAAUGUACCCAUACUGCCCUCCCCAUAUCACGAAACCCAAGGAGUGUAAGAAGCUUUUCAUUGUCCAUUUAUCUGAACGAGAGUAUUUUGCUGUACCGAAAAAUUUGAAACUGCUAGCUGUUCCCCUGUUUGAGCUAUAUGAUAAUGUUCAGAGGUACGGGCCGGUUAUUUCAACAAUCCCACAGCAGCUGUCCAGGUUUCAGUUCAACAUGAUGACAGUAUAAAAGUAUAAAAGCAUAUUGAUAACAACAUUCCAUCCAUCAGAAACUCAAUUUAGUGGUUAGUUAAUAUCUCCUAGGUAAUAGAUAGACUUGUGACUAAAGCAAAUUCAGUUUAGGUUUUAUGGUCUGCUUUGUUGUCCUGUUGUUGGGUCUAUGUUGUAUGGUUUAAUUCAUGUGUCUUCUGGGACGCUUCUGGGUGGUGCCUUGUGGCUUGGGUUCCCCAUGAGUGUUUGGGUGGAAACUGCGGCAGCCCAGCUGGUGAUGCCCCCAUUGUGCUUUGUUAGCAAAACCAGAGAAACUGAGUUGAGACUAAUCGGAGAUUACUUGAACAUGGGUUGCCUGUUUCAGUGUUGAGUUUUUUUUUUUUUUUUUCACUGGGAUUCUCCUAGCUGGACAAUUUUUUGGAGGACAGCCCAGGUUGUAUUGCAGGGAUUUUGUUGCUCACUUGUUGUUUGCCAGACUUUACAUGAAAAAUGGAUUGUAUA